AUGGCAGCUGUGGCAUUGCGGCGACAGCUUGUUGACUAUGUCGCUGUAUUCCAGCGAAGGCACGGCAUGCCUCCACAGGGUUACAUUGCAGCACAUGGCUCAGAACGAUAUCGCAAACUCGAGCUAGAAAUGACCCAGGAGAUAUUAAGAGAGCAUCGAAAAGGAUGUGUGAUUGUCGGACUCGGCUGGCUGGCAAGCAGACAACAGCAGGUACUCUUGGAGGAGUUCACCUCUCGUCACCCAGUUCUGUACAUCCGACGGGACCGAAGCGAUUUACAGCAGCUUAUCGCGACUAGUCAGGACAGGUUCGAGCGCAUGUGGGAGGCUGGAAAUUCGUUCUUUGAAUCCUGUUCCAACUUCGAUUUUUACAAUGUGACAGAAGGCUCGGUUGGUGAGGCUCGCUCCACACUACCUACGUAUCUAAAGUUGAAAGACACGGAGAGAACGUUCGUAAGGUUCCUGCAUCGCAUCUGGGGCCGUGAACACCGGGCUCGUUUUUCAGCGGAUCCCUUCUCUGCGUCGUACACGUAUGCCCUGCAGGUACCAAUGGCUUGCUUAGAGGGACAACUCGAAAGUUACGAGGAGCUCGAGAAUGGGUCGGAUGCAAUAAACCUAAAAGUUGAGCUUUCUGGUUUUCACGGCAGAAGGCCAUCCGAGUCAAUGGCAAGGGCUGUAGCCAUCCUUAGGAGGCACUCGCGGGCUCUUGUAAUCGUAGAUAUUAGUCCUCCCUCGGCACCAGAUAUAUCGAGCUAUCGCAAGCUCCUAGGAAUGGCCUUGAGGACCAUGCCGGAUGCUAUCACUUGCUCCAUGUCUCAUGGAAAUGAUCUGGCGCAGGAAGUAGUUGCUGCUAAGGGUUAUAUCAAGGUCAUAGCCACUUAUCAUCAAGAUUAUCCUCUGGUGGGGAACGAGAAACUUCCGCAGCUAUUCGCCCUCCGUCAUAAAACGCAAAGUAUUGGUUUCGACGCAAUUCGUAUAACCGGCGAAUCAACAGCAGCCGGAGACGUUCUUCCCGGUAUACCCCUUCCGCACAGUCUCGCCAAAGACGCUCUCAUACCCGCCAUCGCAUACAACACAGGACUAUUUGGACGCACUUCGGUUUGCUUAAAUCCAACAUUGUCACCGGUAGUUCUCGAAAGCAUGAGGUCAACAGGUGUCACCUUGCGGGAAGCAGAGAUGGCGGUGUCAGCAUGCUUUCUUCGUCGCCGGAAAAGAUUCGGCAUUUUUGGGCAACAGUUAUCGCACACUUUAUCACCUGCGAUGCACAAUGCCGCGUACGCUGCGUGUGGACUACCGUUUACAUAUGACACAACGGAGCGACAAACGCUGUCCGAUAUUCGCGAAAUCUUGGAUGAUGAGAGUUAUGGAGGCGUGGCGGUAUCACUUCCGUACAAAGCUGAAGUUCUUCACUACCUGGACGAGAUAAGCCCAGAAGCACUGGACAUCAACGCCGUGAAUACGGUGGUAUUGCAUCAGGAGUGCCAACCAAAUGGAGUGUGCAAAACUAUUCGCAAGGGGUACAAUACUGACUAUCUUGGCAUCAAAGAUUGUAUCUAUAAGCACCUUUCUCCAGCAAAUGCUGUCCGUGACGGAUCAACCGCCCUGAUAAUCGGUGCAGGCGGCAUGGCCCAUGCUGCCAUAUACGCUUGUUAUCAGCUGGGUGUGAGACACAUUUGUGUCUAUAAUCGAACACUUUCCAAUGCACUACGACUUGUCGACUACUAUCGUGAAUGGGCAAAAUCAGAGAAUAAGGUCCCUUUAGGUCUUACCAUACUCUCAUCAGCUGAUGACCCAUGGCCAGCUCAUCUUCGCCAGCCCACAAUCAUUGUUGCGUGUAUUCCUGGACAGGGGUUUGAUAUCGAGUCAUCGAGCGCUUUUCGCAUUCCCGACCAGUGGUUGCAAAGCAAAACUGGCGGGGUCUUCGUUGAGGUCGCCUACGAUCCACUAGAGACGCGUUUAAUAAAGUCGAUGAGACAACAUGUGUCGCGAGGCUGGAUCAUAGUUGAUGGCCUGUCGGUCUUAGUCGAGCAGGGCAUUGCGCAGUACGAGCUCUUUACAACACGACCAGCUCCAGUCCAUGUUAUGAGACAUGCCAUUCAGCAGUCAAUUCGAGAGAGAGCUCUUUAA